CAGGACUGUGCAGGUAUGAAGAGCGCGAGGGGACAUUCCUGAAAAAAAUCUGCCGAAAACACAUAUCUGAUUGAGAAUGGCAAUGUUUAACAGUACUGGAAUACUGGAGACUGGAACUAAUGAUAGUCAAGUCUACCGUUGUACUUUAAAAGAACAAUUCAAGUACAUUCUCCUCCCGGUGAGUUACACUUUGGUGUUUGUGUUCGGUCUGGGGUUGAACAUCACGGCCAUGUACAUCAUCCUGUUUCGCACCAAACACUGGAAGCCCAGCACCAUCUACAUGAUCAACCUCAACGUCUGCGACACGCUUUACAUCCUCACCCUGCCGUUCCUCAUCUACUAUUACGCUGAUAAGAACGACUGGCCGUUCGGUGAGCUGAUGUGUAAGCUGAUUCGCUUUCUCUUCUACACAAACCUCUAUGGAAGCAUCCUCUUCCUCAGCUGCAUCAGUCUGCACCGGUUUCUAGGCAUCUGCCACCCGAUGCGCUCUUUGUACUGGAUGAACCGCCGGCGUGCUCGUAUGAUUUCUGUGGGAAUAUGGCUGAUCAUUCUCAUCUUACAGGCACCGAUUCUUUAUUUCUCCCGGAUGAGACAUAAUUAUAAUAAUAAUAAUCUGGUCUGUCAUGACACCACCAUCAAGGAGCUCUUCAAUGACUACAUUGUCUACAGCACGGUGGUGAUGUUUCUGCUUUUUGUCCUACCGUUUUGUGUGGUGCUGGUCUGCAGCGGCCUGAUGGUGAAGAAACUUCUUGAUCCCGGAGAUCUCAGAGAACCAAUGUCACAGCGCUCCAAACAGAAGUCGGUGAAGAUGAUUGUUAUUGUGCUCUUGGCUUUCAUGGUGUGCUUCUUGCCUUUCCAUGUGAACCGCAGUAUUUGCUACACCUUCCGUUACCUUGACAAACACGACUGCAACUUAUUACUACUCUCCAAUAAUAUCUACAAGGUCUCGCGACCUCUGGCCAGUCUCAACAGCUGCAUUGACCCCAUCCUCUACUUCAUGGCAGGACAGAGCUUCAGAAACAGCUUCAACAAGAAAUCAACCAGGAAGUCUGACAGAACCCUUUUAACAUUACAGUAAAAUUUCUUGAGUUUUUAUGUCUUUAUUUUUAUAGAAUGACCAUAUGUACUUUUUUUUGGGAUUCCUGGGUUAAGCGCAAUGUGAAAAGGUCUAUUUUCCGGGAAAAGGUCCUGGCCAGGAUUUCUAAACUGGCCAAAAUGUCCGGCAGUGUUUACAUUGCAUUGCUUUGACUGUUUAUGUAGAUCCCACCUUCAUGAACCCCAUGAUUGGUCGAUUAUUCACAAUGCCUGAAGGUCAUUGGUCAAACUACUUUUCCGUCAUUACUUUUAGCAAUUCUGAAAACAAAGCCAGAACCAGACAGGCAGGAUCUGGCCAGGAUCUUCCUGGGAAAAUAGUGCUUUUCACACUGUGCUUAACCCAGGGUUAUCAUUUGUCACAUUUAGCUAAUGUAGAAGUGAGGUUGAAUUAGCAACAGACACCCAAUCGCGUGCCUCACCUGUCAAACAGUGACAGAAAAACAUCAGAUGGAUUGAAGAAACUGUUUUAUCCUCACUUAUAUAAUAUUUAGCUAAUAUACACAAUAUAAAAAUAGCUUCCUUCAUGCCAUGUCGUAAUUACCGUAAUUCUGAGAUGACAAUGUGUGACAUUCUACUUGGAGCUCCUCGUUGGUUUUUGGGUUGGUUUUGUUGCACAGACCUGGCAACCCUGCUUCCAAGACAUCAGACUCUGAAUUAUGCAUUUAUCCAUCUAGAUUUUGCAUGCUCCAAAUUCUAGUGUGAUGUUGCAUAAUUAACUAUUGAAAGUGUGAAAAGCCAUAUUGUUUACGUUACAUGUGAGAUCAGAAUAGUGUGUAUACUGAAAAUACAUUUCAGUGUACUGAAAUGCUACUCUUAUGAACUUUUUAUUUAUCAAAGAACUCUGAAAAAAAUGAUCAUGAUUCAUGAAGUGAAGACUUGAUGCAGAAAAUUCAGC